AUGGAGGUAGUGUCGGUGCAAUCGGCAUUGUCGACCGGCAUGCUGCCCUAUCAGACACCGAUCGCAGAGGCUCCAUCCCCUCCGACUGCUGUGCCCCAGCGUGCCUCAGCCGGCAUGUCGGGUGCAGGUGGCGGCAGCGCGAGCAGAGCAGGCCGAGUGGUGGGCGUUGCGGCUCUGAUGGCUUCCUGGCGCAUAGCAGCUCGCAGGGGCAAAGUCGCUCGAAAGGCUGAUGGGCAGCCCUCCUACCAUGACAAUCGGUGCCUGCCCGACGGCACUCCGCUCGAGUCCGCUGGCAACAUGUCCAUGCGGCCCGAGCGACCACCGAAAGAACCCUUCGUCGCCCAGCCACAGUCCUACGAGCAAGCCCUGGAGGGAUGCCUACCAGACGGCACGCCUCUCCCGAAGUCCAGCACCUACAGCGCGCGCAGUGAAGCUCUGGCGGAAGCAACACAAGGUUGCCUGGCAGAUGGCACGCCGUUGGGGCAGGUCGGCAACCGAUUCAUCAAGCCCCAGGCGCCAGCACCCCUGCCACAAGCCAGCCGAUUCAUCAAGCCCCAGGAUCUUCCAACGGCCGCCCCGACGCCAGGCAACCAAUCUAUCAAGCCCCAGAUGCAAGCAGCAGCAUCACCGCCACGAGUCAGCCGAUUUAUCAAGCCCGAGGAUCUUCCAGCACCUACGCCGUCACGGGCAUCGACUUCCCCAAGAUUGCCGGCUCCGACGGAUCCACUAGAGGCUGCCCGUAAAGGGCCGGCCGUUCCCAUUCAAAGUGCCGUGUCUCAGAAGAACUUCGUCAGGGUGUCUCUGGAAGGCACACCUGGUGACACUCCCAUCCAUGCGGACCAGCAGAAGGGUAGGACAGCAGAGAAGAACACAGAUGCUGCUACUGUUCCUGCUCUGUCGGAGGAACCAACAAAGAAGGAGAUGGAAGCUGCGAUCGCAGCUCUGAAUGCAAUGAUGGCGCUCCCCAGUGCGACGCCAGCGGCGCCGGAGCACAGGACUCCUCUCGUCGCAGCAGCCUUGGUCUCUGAGUUUGAAGACACCUCCGCUGCUGUUGCAGAAGCCGUCGUCGAGUCUGAGGGCACCUCUCUUCUAGAUGAAGCAGUCGUGGUCUCCGAGUUUGAUGACGCCUCCCUACCAGAAGCAGAACCCGUUGUUUCCGAGUCCGGGCGCGCAGCCCUGCCAUCUCCCAGCAAGAAGAGUGCCGUUGUUGAGGAGGUUGUCGCCGCCAUGAGGGAGAUGCGCGAGGAAGGUGACACCAAGGUCGAGAAAGAGAAGGAUGUCCCCAGUGAGCCGGCAUGGCAGGUUCCUGAGGGACUGGCCGCCGCCGCGACCCUUGCUGCCUCCCUCGUCUUUGUGAACGCCUCUUUCUUCUCCGAUGUAGGCACCGAGAUCAGAUCGAGCCCAACCCCGCCUGUGGCAGCCGUCCGACCAGCAUCGGCGCUUCCAUCAAACCAGGGGCCAACAGGGGCGACGUUUACAGGAGUUUGA